AUGCAGGAUGAUCCAACUCAUUCCUAAGCGUGAGCUCGGACUAGAACGAUCAGUACAACAGUAUAUAGUUGUAUACAAGUGAAACUUCGUUAACUAAAGCAACUCUUGUAAAAUUGACGAGAACUAAUAUCAUCAAGUGAUAAUAAUUUAUGUGAUCAGCGUAAACAAACACGGACUUGUGAGCAAUCAAUACGGCCAGAUUAUGUAUUGAGUUCGAUUCCGUACAACACUUAUAAUACAUAACCAUGCCUUCAAUUCGCCAACGGUUCGGAAUAAUUUGAUAGUAUCAAGGAUAUGAAGAAUUAAAUUACGCCUUAUAAACAGAUGACUAUUCCAAGAAAAACACCUACCAAAUUUUUCGCAAACCAACCACAAAGAAAAGCAAGAAAAUAUGAAUAUAAGUACCAAUUCACGUACUAUACAGAGUGACAUAAAAAUAUGCAGCUAGCACUAAAAUUGCUUUUUCUGACGGCGGUAAUUAACCGUCACACAAAGGCAGUCCAGGAAAUUGUUAUCAACGCUAUCGGACCAGUAACAACAGCCUGCGAGUGCGUAUUUUUUUUACACUGCGAAAACGAAAAGAAAGUAAUCAAUAACCUCAUCAAUAUUCGAUCUGGUACUCUGACGAAUAUUAGAAACAGUCCGAGUCAACGAGCGAGCAACACCGUGUGCGACAAUAUUCUAAAGGUCUGCUGCGAGCUGUCGAACUUAAAGUUGCCUCAAAAGAAUCGAGCGUCAUCGCAAUUUGGUCGUAGUUGCGGCGUUCGCAACUUUGAUGGCAUCAGCUUCAAGAUCAUGAGCCAGAAUAAGAAGAACGAGGCAGAGUUUGGCGAGUUUCCUUGGAUGGCCAUUGUACUGCUCUACGCACCUGACGAACUAGACUUGUAUGUAUGUGGUGGUACGCUCAUACACCGUAGAGUUGUACUAACCGCAGCCCACUGCAUCUAUGGCAAAAACGCAGCAGAGAUUAAAAUUAGGGUCGGUGACUGGGACACCCAGUCAAUAGACGAGAUUAUUACGCAUCAGGAUCGAGCGAUCGAAGCUAUAAUCAUUCACGAAAGCUAUCACUCUAAAUCCCUGGAAAAUGACUUUGCUCUUCUGAUACUGAGCAAUCCGGUAAGCAUCAUGGAGAACGUGGACAUAAUCUGUCUGCCUGAAGCAAGGUACGACUUCGAUGUCACUGGCUGCUUUGUCAGCGGAUGGGGUAAAAAUAAAUUCGGAACAGGAGGCCGAUACCAGUAUAUUCUAAAAAAAAUUGAAUUAUCCUUCAUCAAUCCUCGUGCGUGUGAACAAAUUUUGCGCCGCACGAUACUCGGAACAAAUUUUGAACUCGAUCGAAGUUUCGUUUGCGCUGGUGGCGCCAAAGGAGAAGACUCGUGCGAGGGAGACGGAGGUAGUCCACUUAUUUGUCCCUUGAAAGCGGAUCCCAAAAGAUACGUGCAGGUUGGCAUCGUGUCCUGGGGUAUUGGAUGCGGUAGCGAUGUACCUGGAGUUUAUGCCAACGUCUUACACGCACGUUCUUGGAUUGACAAGCAGCUACUGUUGCACAAUUUCGACAACACUGUUUAUCAACAUCGAAGGUACACUUAAAGACUUACGAAAUUUAAAUAAGUGUUAGUAGUGCAUAGUAUAUACUAUUGUAAUUUUACUGCAAGUUCAAUAUUUUGAAUACUCGCAUUUUUAAAUUGUUUAGUCAUAAAAUGUGCGCUUAUUUUACUCCAAACUUUGAAAAUUAUACGGUUACUGUUAAAAUUAUUGUCAUAUUAGAUAAAUAAUAUGACUAAGAAAAUAAACUUUUUUCUUGUCCUAACCCUUUGGAUAAAAUGUUGUUUAUGAAACGUACAGACAUCUUGAAUGUUUCAAUAAUUUUAUUCUGGUAACAAUAAAGUCGAGUGCAAGACGAGAUAUAAA